UUGACGAAUGAUCAAUGUCCCAGAGAGAGACAGAGAGAGAAACACAUUGUGUAUUGAGGCUAGUUGGUUAGUCCAUCAGGAAUCACCAUGAAGAAGAAGACAGCGUUGACAAUAUUGCUACUAGGAGUUCUACACAUCACACACCCUGCUGCUACGGGGAUCAAUCCUGAGGUGCAGGUUUCAUCAAAGAACAUUAAAUCCUCCAAAUAUCAGUCAACCACCCCUGCCCCCACCACCAUCACCCCUGCCCCCACCACCAUCACCCCUGCCCCCACCACCAUCACCCCUGCCAUACCCCGUACUGACCAGUACCUUGGACCAGAAGAAUGUCUGGAUCAGAAGUACACACGUCUGUCCUGCCAUCGGGUCUUCUGUCCCCCAUGGAUGCGAUGUAUGGAGGGAAGGUGUGUGUGUAAGCUGCCCUACCUGUGUCCGAAGGAUGGCAUGGCUCAGGUGUGUGGGCACGAUGGAAGGACCUAUCUGUCUUACUGCCAGGCUAUGGCUGUCUCCUGUCGGAGUAAACAACCAAUCAUGUCGCACUUUGGAGGAGAGGGCUGCUCUAAAGACAGUAUCAAGGCCCAGACCAGUAUAGAUGAAAAGACCGGUGUGGUCAGUAUUGUGUUACCCAUUAAAGGGAAGCUGCUAGUGUGUGGAUUCGGAGGAAGAGGAGGAUCCAACUGGAACAUGGCUGCGGCUAACGUAGCCUGUUAUGGGAAGAGUCUGUGGGGAGCGAAGGAGGCCAGCUCGGUGCUGUAUAAAACCAUUAAGUCCCCCGAUGCAGACCACUGUGUCAGCGUUCUUUGUCAAGGAUACGAGAACAGCCUCACCGAGUGUUCCUUCUCCGACAGAACUCCUCUCGGCCGCAACGACAAGGUCGCCACGGCAACCUGUUACCACAAACCCAAAGAGGGGUCGGCGUGUGAGUUCAGGUGCGUCAACGACAAGUGUGUGUCGUUGGAACAGACGUGUGACGGAGUGGACCACUGCGGAGACAGGAGUGAUGAGAUGUGCUGCACAGCCUGCAGAGGGGACUCUGCGUUCUGGUGUAAGUCAGGAGUGUGCUUGUCCAAAGAGGCUGUAGAGGACGGUAUAAUGGACUGUCUGGGAGGAGAGGACGAGAUGAACAAACACAUCACUAAACCUGUUGGCCGCAGUGGAUCAAGCAAGACUCAUGAUCCAGAGUUCAUUUCUCCUAAACAAGAGGUAAAAGCAGCCAGGGAUCUUCUAGAAGUGAAGGUAUACUGUGGAAUCCCCAACCAUACAGUCUUAGAAGAGUCGGACAGAGGAGAAAAGAGAAAGAGGCAGAAACGAGUGGUGGGAGGAGUGCCGGCCCAACCGACUCAGAUCCAAUGGCAGGUGGCGAUACAGGAGGGGGGUCAUAUCGACUGUGGUGGGGCAUAUAUCGGGGGAUGCUGGGUCCUGACCGCCGCUCACUGUGUCAGGCCCAAACCAGAGGUGUACAGGAUCAAGUUCAGUCUCUGGAAGAAGAGAUCAAUUCAGGGAACAACAGACAUCGUUCCUGUCAAGAACAUCAUCAUACACCACAAGUACAAUGCUAACACGUAUGAGAAUGACAUAGCCCUGAUAGAGAUGGAGAAGCUUCCAUUCAAGACCCAAUGUUUCGAAGAGAACCCAGCAGUCAGUGCUGUGUGUGUUCCCUGGUCCGUACAACUGUUCAACCCUAACCAUACCUGCAGCAUAUCAGGCUGGGGGAGGAAGAAAGAUGGUUCGUCAUCUGAUGUGCUGCUCUGGGCCAACGUCUCUCUGAUCGCCAACUGUCAAGGGUUCUACGGUCCGCGUUACUACGAUGGAAUGAUGUGCGCAGGUGAUCUGGACGGCCACGUGGACUCGUGUCAGGGUGAUUCUGGAGGUCCUCUGGUGUGCCAGGACUCUCUAGGUGUUUCCUACCUCUGGGGUAUAGUCUCCUGGGGGGAGAAGUGUGGGCAGGCCAAGUUCCCUGGAGUGUACACUAAAGUGGCACACUACUUCGACUGGAUCCGCACUCACACUGGCUGGGCUGCUGUCACUAAAUACAACCUGUAAUAUCACCCCACCUGGUGUCCCAGGUCUAAAUCAGGCCCUGAUCAUUAAUAUCACCCCACCUGGUGUCCCAGGUCUAAAUCAGGCCCUGAU